CGUUCAACAGUAAUCAGUAAUAACUAUGUAGUAACUAUAUACAUUUCAUAAUUAUUAUAAGUUCAAACCACCCGACGCUAUUGUUCAACAUUCAACUCUAGUCUUUUAUUCUCGUCUCAUCAGUGAAUUGCACAAUAUAUCUUAGGAUGGAAAAUAUGUUUAGUACGUCCGGAGAAAAAGAGACUGAUGAAAAACUCUUGCAGCCCUUCACUUAUAUUAUGCAAGUGCCUGGCAAACAAAUCAGAGCUAAACUCGCUCAUGCAUUUAAUUAUUGGUUGAAAAUACCAUCAGACAAAUUGGCUGUUAUUGGAGACAUAGUGCAGAUGUUGCAUAAUUCUAGUCUCUUAACUGAUGAUAUUCAAGAUAAUUCAGUCUUAAGACGUGGAAUACCUGUAGCACAUUCAAUCUAUGGUGUUGCUAGUACAAUCAAUGCUGCAAAUUAUAUGUCAUUUGUUGCAUUAGAACGAACUCUGAGCUUAGGACAUCCAAUGGCUACCACUGUAUACACUGAACAAGUGUUAGAACUUCACCGAGGUCAAGGAAUGGAAAUUUAUUGGAGAGAUAAUUAUACAUGUCCGACUGAAGAUGAAUACAAAAAAAUGACAAUUAGAAAGACUGGUGGUUUAUUUAUGCUUGCUAUCAGACUUAUGCAAUUAUUCAGUGACAAUACUAGCGACUUCACCAAACUUACUGGAAUAUUAGGAUUGUAUUUUCAGAUUCGAGAUGAUUAUUGUAACUUGUGUUUGCAAGAAUAUUCUGAAAAUAAGAGUUAUUGUGAAGAUUUAACAGAAGGGAAAUUCAGUUUCCCUAUUAUACAUGCAAUCCAUACUCGCCCUGAAGACAAACAAGUGAUUCAUAUUUUGCGACAGCGAACAAGAAAUGUUGAUGUGAAAAAGUAUUGUGUAAAGUUGUUGGAUAAUUAUGGUUCAUUUGAACAUACAAGGAAAGUAUUGACACAAUUGGAUAGUGACGCUCGUAAAGAAGUGGAAAAUCUUGGUGGUAAUCCAUUGAUGAUUAAAAUAUUAGACGGACUUAGAAACUGGUCAUAUAAUUUUGACGAAAAGACAAAUAAUUAAAUAUUUUCAUUUUUAUAUUUUAAUUUCAAUUUCCACCAUGACCAACUGUUCUAAAGUACUUUUAUUCAUGUGAAUUUUCACAUUUUUAGUUGCAUAUUAAAUAUUUUGCAGUACCAAAAUGUAAUGGGGACCCUUUAUAUGUAUGUUUACUAAUAAUCAGUAGAGUUUAUUUUAAUUAAAGAAUUAUUGUACUCUGUCAACCGAAUAUUACAAGAAUUUAAAUUCUACAGGCCUUAUCAUUAAUUUUGAAAAAGUUAUUAACCUUUUUUAAUUUAUAAUACUGUUAUGUGGCAAUCAAUCACUGUAAACAAAAUUUAAAAAAAAUAUGCCAUAAUCAAUUCUAUUUUGGCCUGUUUAAUAUAUAAGUAUGUACUUAAAUGUAAAAUAUUGCCAAAGUUUA